UUAGCUCCGCUCCGUCUCAGGGUCUCACUCGAGUGGUCGAGUACACUGACCACUGACCCCGACCCUGAGCCUCGUGAGCCCGGCAGCGCUGCUCGCCAUGGCCAUGGUGCAGCCGGCGGACCCGGCCGUCAAGGCCAACCAGAUCCUCGCGCGGUUCCGCCCCAUCGCCCCCAAGCCCGCACUGGCGGCGGCGUCGCCGGUGGCGCAGGCCGCGGCCGAGGGCGUGGUCGCCGCGAACCGCGUGCUGUGCCAGCUGCAGAACAGGCCCUGCCGCGCGCGGAAGCGCGGCCGCCCGACCGUCGUGCCGGUGUCCCCGAAGUCGCCCGCGCAGCCGGCUGCAAAGCGGAAGAGGGCGGAGGCGCCGUACCCGCCGCUCCGGUGUGCGGCGGCCACGGCGACCAGGGCGCAUGUGUCGGUGGUCGUCCCGGACAGUGCAUGCCUCCCUCUGGCGUCGCUACCGCCGGCGACCACUGUUGCCGGGGACCUGGUGAAGGUGGCGGCGGAGGAGAGGGACGUGCCCGUGGAGCGCGACCUGCUGCGGAAGCUGCUGGAGCCCAAGGUGAUCUCGCCGCGGGCGGUGCGCCCCGUGUGCUCCACCAUCUACGUCGAGCGCAUCCACCGCACCGACGCGACCUGCACAGCCGUCGUCUCCAAGACCGCGGCGGAGGUGGAGGUGGAGCUGGAAGCCGACGCGCUCCCGGCGGUGGUCUCCGACUCCAGCAACCGCGUUCGGCUGGUGAACGACGCGUACAAGGAGAUGGUGGGCCAGUCCGAGUGCCCGUGGCUCGACGCCGUGGCCGCCGCGUCGAGGAGGAUCAGCGGGGAGGUGGCACUGGUGGUGGGCGAGCCAGCGUCGCUGCCGGAGCCCCACGGGGUUUUCACAUGCACGGCCAGGAUCGAGUGGGAGUACGGCGGCAAGUGCACCUCCAUCUUGGCACCGUGCGACGUCAGCCGUCUGCAGUGUGAGUCCAGGGACUACCUCUUCACCUGGAGGUUCCGCACCGUCGACGCCGACGCAUCUGUUGGCCGCCGCUCCGGCGAGACGAGCGAUAGUUAGGAGAAGUUUGUACCGCCUCUUGCGUCACGCACUGCGGUGUGCCAAACCAAGUGCACAGGCUAAGCUGCAUGUUAAAACUAGAUCAACUUCAUCUUUUGCAAAGUCCAUAGAAUGUAGACCCAGUUCUGAAAUCUGGAGUACAUAUAAGAUGUUGACUGGAUAAU